AAGUAGACCUAAUAAUUUUACACGAUUUCGUUCUUACGCUAUUUUUUCUUUAGUAAAGAGAUGACUGAAUAUAAGUUAGUUGUUGUGGGUGCUGGAGGUGUAGGCAAAAGUGCAUUGACUAUCCAGUUAAUUCAAAACCAUUUUGUUGACGAGUAUGACCCAACGAUAGAAGAUUCUUACAGAAAACAAGUUGUUAUUGAUGGCGAGACUUGUUUGUUAGAUAUUCUUGACACUGCAGGUCAAGAAGAAUACAGUGCAAUGAGGGAUCAGUACAUGAGGACUGGUGAAGGAUUUCUGCUUGUGUUUGCUGUUAACAGUAUAAAAUCGUUUGAAGAUAUUAGUACUUACAGAGAACAGAUUAAAAGAGUUAAGGAUGCAGAAGAAGUUCCCAUGGUUCUUGUCGGAAACAAGUGUGACUUGUCCAGUUGGGCAGUGUCUAUGAAUGAAGCUCGUGAUGUUGCUAAGCAGUACAAUAUUCCUCUUGUAGAAACAUCGGCGAAGACAAGAAUGGGUGUUGAUGAUGCAUUUUAUACACUUGUUCGAGAAAUCAGAAGGUACAAGGAGCAACAAGGUAAGGAAAAACACAAGAAGUUAAAAGGAGGGAAUCAAAGGUCCAAGAAGUUUUGUUCUUUACUUUAGGCCCCUAUGUAGCGUGUAGGUCUAUGUAAAGUAAACGUGUAAAAGCCCAAACACAUUUUCAUGUUCUGUAUGAAAGCGUCUUUGUGCUUAACAAAACUAAAUCAUUUUUAAAUACCUAUUUUAAGUAACUUAUAACCUCGUAAGAAUGCAAGUUUACAGGCUAGGGCUUAGUCUCAAAAUUGUUGUACGACUUUGGCCCACAAGUAAUGUAUUCUACUUAUUUUUCUCAAAUAAUUCAGGUAGCCUAGCCAAAUUUAGAAAACAUGGAAAGCUAAAAAGUAAUAUAGUCUGAAUUUUCAAUCUAUCUAGGCUAGUAAGUGAAUUAAAAUGUAAGAUACUGUAGCCUUCUUUAACACAAGGCCGGGGCAUUUGUGUGUGCAACGUCGCAAAGUCAUGCCUAUUGUCACGGUAGUAACAGAAAUAACAAAAGUCUAAACAGAAACAUUUCCUAGGCCUAUACUGUUCAUUAUAAAUUAGUGCAACAGCUGUUUCGAUUUGACGUGACAGCGGUGUUGCCACUUUUGAAGAUCAAGAUACCCGGAUGGUUUACAUAAGGUUACUAUCUUGUUCUUGUUGUGAAUACAGCAUUUAUUCUAUAUUCUGAAUUAGUUUCACACAGUCUUUCACUUAUCUAAGUAGGAAUAUUAUCAUCUUACUUGUCAAAAAUCUAAUCAUGGGAAAAUGUCUGUGACUUAAAAAGGUUAAGUAUUAAUGACACUAACAUUUGACUAAAAUAAGGUAGGUACUGUACGGUAAUUGGAAAAUCUUAAACAAGAUGUAAGUCAUUUUCAUUCCGGUGCUGAAACAUGUUGAUGCUGUCCAAUAACUUUGUUAGACUUAAACUUGUAUAACUCUAACAAUUGACACAAACUUGUAGGCUAUCUUUUUCAAUGUUUGUUGGGGAUCAGAGGUUGUACUUUUAUUGACUAAGCUUAUUUAUUGGUUUUCUUGGUUUUAUUGAAUUUCCCAUAAAGGGACUAAGCUAUAAGUCAACCGUAGGUCUCAUGGUAAGACCUGAACCCGGGAAGGAUUUACUGUUUCGUUUUGAGGCCCCCAGAGACCAAAAACACCACCCAUUUAUAUUAAUAUUCAUAUACUCGUAUAACUCCAAACAGAUUACUAGUACUGUAAUGUAUUUCUUCUUAAAUGGUGUGACAAAAUUUCAUAAUACCUAUAUAAAAUAUAUUACCAACUACAUAGCCUAAGGCUAGGUACAAGAUUUCAACAUUUUUGACAAGGCCACUUACCACAUUACAUUAGUACACUAAAUUUAGAAUCUUUGAAUACUGUAUUUAUAUUUUACUAGGGGUUUUGAUUGCUGGAGUAGGCCUACAGUUCAAACUAAAAGAUGAAAUGUUAUUAGAAACGCUCAACUGUGGUGCCAAAGACAUAUAGCUUAUUUUUAAUUUAGUUUUAUACAGUAGCCUAAUAGUGUAAUUAUAACCUUGCAAUGUUUGAUAUAGCCUACAGUAGAGUUGUUAUAUUUUAUUUCGUUUUAAGAAGACUUUUCAACAUGGUUUCUGUCCUUUCGAUUUUUAUGAUCCAUCUCGUGACAUUGCACUUGUAAAUUAAUAAUCGUUGAUACAACUAGGCUAGAUGUAUCUUCAGAAUAGUCAAUGAUGUACAAAUAAUUAAAAAGUUUAAUGUAAUGUAAGCUCUAUUUAAGAUACACAAAAAGAGGUUACCACUAUGAUUUUUUGUUGCCAAAGCUGUAAUAUUUCCUUCUGUAAAUAUGAGAAUUUGUAAUUUAUCACUGUUAAGAAUUUGAAAACUUGUAGACAGUUACUUGUUAACAGGCUAAUACUACUGUUGUUCACUUUUAAUUUUUCUGUAUCAAGGGCAAAGUAUUGACAUUGACUAUUGAAUACCGUACUAAAGUAGACAUCCCAUUGAACAGCUGUUGCCAAUUUUUCAUUAAAAAAGAACAUAGUUAUGCGAGCCAGUCACAGAAUGUGCUAGGAUCUAAAAUUCCAUUUUCCACCUUAUUUAUUGUUGCUGACCAAGUUGAUGGGUCAUAACAGUUGCCAUAGCUCACCAUAAGUUAAUCCAUUAGUUUGACUUUGUUAAAAAGUCAGUGUAUUCGACAGAAUUUAGUGCGUAAUCUAUCAACGGCUCACAUCAACUAUGACAAUUUUGAUUUAAAAAACUGGCGACAACUUUAACAUGAGAAUGGGAUGUCAAAGGUAUUGUGCGGUUUUAGCUUUACUUUUUUUAAUCUCGAAAAUAGAAAGUGUAGACUUUAGAUAGAGCUGGAUUUAAAAUAAAUGAUACCGGUAUGCAACUUUUUCUUAUAAGACUCUUUAUAGCUUUGCUAAUGUGUUAAUUGAUUUUAGUUUGCAAUCGAUAAAAGUCUUUAAAUAGAUUGGCCUAAUCGUCAUUUGUUUACUUUUAACUAAUAUAUAAGCAAUACAUAAAAUUUGUAUUUGUAGAUUAGUAUUUGUGCUGCAAUCAUUUAGGAAAAAAAAAACGAUAGUUUGUCAAUAAAUUCAAUGAUUUUUCACCAUAAAAUAAUAAUUUCAUAAUAACCAUAAUAAUAACCAUAAUAAUAAUUUCAUCUGGCUCUGUAACUUCAUGUUGUUGACCAAGUUGUGUCUUUCAGCCCUAGGGCCGAAAUACCUGUUAAUUUAUUUAGUCAUGAAACAUUCUCUAAAAUUUGUAUGCAUUACUUUGAUUUAAGCUAGCAGUUCUGCAACAUAUGUUUCACGCAAAAGCAUCCAGCAAUCCAAAGAACGCCACCGUAGUUUUCUUUUUGUUCAAAAAAUUUGGAUAUUUUCAACAGUUUUUCAGAGCUUACCACAAUAAGCUGUGCAUCUGUUUAAAGUACCUUUUUAACAACACAUUAAAACUGCAUUUAGCAACAAAAUAUUUGUCAGCAUCACUGUUUCAAACGUUUAGUUACAAACAUGUAAACGGGGCUUGCUAUUUUCAAUUGCAGAUUAGUAAGCUGUUUAAAUUUUAUACCAGCAACAACAAUAAUGAAGUUGAAUUAUUGAUAUUUUAAUUUAAAUACACAUUAGGAGUUACAUUUGUAUGCAAUCUUGGACUAAAGACAGUAGGGUUACCACCAUAAAAAAAAUGAUUAUAGAAUAUUUUGGUAAUGGGUAACUGGAAUUAUUUAAGAUCAUGUUUUUAUAGUUUGUGGUUUUGAAGAUUGGAGUGUACUUUGGUGAAACAGUUUAUUUCAAACCAAGAGCCAGAAGUGAGGUUAUGCAGGCUUGAGAUUAUGUUAAAAAUGUAACAAACAAAUUGAAAAGAUAGAGCUUGCAAAAUACUAUCCCAUGCAAGAUUCUCCCCACACUAAAAAUUGAACAAAAUUUAAAAAGUAUGUAUUUAACAUAAACUAUGGCUAAUUAUACAAUUUUAUCAAUCCUGCAUCAAUCACCAUUGGUAAGCAACAUCAAUAAAAUAAUUAAGUUGCAACAAUGCAGCAGGAUAGGCUAAUUAGUAAUCUGGUGGAGGCCAGUUUGAUGUUAAGUAAAUAAAUGGUAUCAGCAAUCUGACACAUCCUUUUUCCCAUUAGCUUGUCUGUCAACAACCCUUAUCAUGGGUUAGCAAUGGUUAGUCCAAUAGCCAUGACUAGGUAUCCUAACCAUUUUAUGUGGGAAAUCACAAAGGUUGCAAUAAGUUUUUAACAGUAUAAGUUUCACAUCAAUUUUAGAAAUAUAAGGACCUUAACAUAAAAAAUUUAAGUUAAAAUCGGUUAAGCGGUUUUUUAUCCGUAUUUUCUGUUUAUUUUAUGGAAAAAUAACAUAAAUUUUUUAAACAGUAAUUUUACCGUGUUGCGUCACACAGACAUCACUCUGAAACCACUUUUUUUGGGUUCGGGGGACCCACAACGGAUAUAUCUACCCAAAACUCAACUCAAAAAUCUUUACAAAAACCAUUUGUUCUCCAUGUAUACUAUGUAUAGGGGGAUAAAGUAAAAAUUGUACUUUGUCUGUUAAAAACUGUGUUCAGCUGCUUUUUAUCAUUGGGAUUUUAAUACACUAUCCUGGCUGAAGUAUCCGUUGGUUGUGUCCGGCUGGUAAAACUGUAUAUGAUUCAUUGUAAACUGUAUAUGAUUCAUUGUCACUCGUCCUGUACUUUCUUUGUUUCAAAAUACACAUAGCAAUGAGUCAGCAUUGUUGUUUCAUACGAGAUAGGAACUGAUAGGCUGACUGUGUAUUUAAUUUGAAUAUGAGUAAAAGAUGAGUGUAGAAUGAAGUCAAUGUCUUUUAUAGCUUUGUUAUCACAAUGCCAACAACGUGUUGACAAGUUAUGGUUUUAAUUUCAUAAACUAACGCUGAUUUUUACUACAUAAGAGCUUAAAAAAAAACUUCUUUUGGUCUUUAGUUUUGAUGACCCGAAAACAUUGUAACGAUGAAAAAUAGUACAGUUAUUUGCACUCUGGAAGAAAACCUUUAGCAAGUUUUCCAUCUCUUGCUUGUAAAUUCUCAUUUUUAGUUAUUGGUGAGGUUUAAGUCCAAAAAUAAAAUGUUUUUCAAGUAGUCACUUUUAUAUUCUUAAAUGUGUUUUAAGUGAUUAACUAUCAAAGUUAUUUUAGCUAUAACAAGUACGCUGUCAAUAGGCAUUAUCUUUAUAUUUUAAGAGAUGAGUGUAUUUGCAGUAAGUUAAAUUUAGCUAAAUGUUCCGUGUUUUUGUAAUUGUUUAUUUAUAUAGGUUGAUAUAAGUAAGAGAUAAAAUUGCUACUCUACAUUUUUUUAAAUCUUGUAUUUAAGUAAAAGAUGUAAGUAAUGAAGUGUACAGCUUUAUAAAAAUCCUGUCAGCGUUUAUAAAAAUAAACCCCUUUUACUUUUGGAAAGUGCUGAUCAAGGUAAACACAUAUUACACCAUUAUUUUCAGGGAUACUAUAACGAAUUUAAUAGAAAUAUUUUAAAGUAACAUGGUUGAAAUAUUUCUUUAGUGUUGACUAUUUUACCAACUAGCACAAAUUGUAAGCAUACAUUUUCUGUGUUUUAACAAGGUACACAGGAUAUCAAAUUUAUUGUACUUUAUUUCUGACCAUUCUAUGUACAAAUUGCCCAACUCAUAGUGUUAGAUGUUCUGUUUGAUUUUAACAGCAAUG